UGAAAAUUAAAUCGCGUCGCAUUUUAAAAAGUAAAUUUUUAAGCCGGCUGCUCUACAAAGACAAGAAUUCGUUCAAAAACUGAAUGUUUUUCGAAUAAAUAAAUUUCAACUUUCAUCUUAAUUUGUUCAAUGCAAUUUUUGUUACGAAAUGCUUCCAAUUCCUAGAUUGCUAGUCUGCAGUACUGCUAAAUUAGUAAAUGUUUCUUCUAAAUAUUGUUUUCAAUUUUCCACCAGUUCUUGUAUGAGAUUCCCAAAGAUUUAUACACGAACUGGAGAUAAAGGAAAAUCUUCUACUUUUACUUUAGAACGGCGAUACAAGGAUGAUAUGAUUUUUGAGGCAUUAGGUUCAACCGAUGAAUUAACAAGUGCAAUUGGGUUUGCAAGAGAGUUUUUGCCUGAAUCAUGUGAGCAUAUCGACAAACAACUACAAGAAGUGCAGUGCAUCAUUCAAGAUCUUGCUGCUGCUGUUGCGACACCUAAAAGCUCUAGCAAACAACGACACAUUGAAAAGACAAAAUUUACUGGAAAUCAUGUAGAAACUCUUGAAAUAUGGAUUGAUGAGCAUACAAAAAAUUUACCUCCUCUUAAUAAUUUUAUUCUACCCUCUGGAGGGCCAGGCAGCGCUGCUCUUCACUUGGCUCGUGCUAUCUGUCGUCGUGCUGAAAGAAGAGUUGUACCACUUGUUAAAGAUGAUGAAGUUGAUGAAGCUCCAAUGCAAUAUUUAAAUAGAUUGAGCGAUUAUCUGUUCACUAUUGCACGAGUUGUAGGAUUGGCUGCUGGAAGAGAAGAAUUUAUAUACUGGCAACCGAAACCAAGAUCUAAGAAAUAAAUUUGAAAACUAAAUGUGUACUAAAAAUUUUAAUGAUGUUUUUUGUCUGACAACUAUUUUUGGGAAAUGAGUAUAUGAUCAUGUUUCUUUUCAAUCCUAUUUGUCAAGUUAAGAAAUUUAAAUAUCGUUAUUUUGCUUUUUGUCAAUAUUUUUGAAGGACAGAAGUGCAAGAGUGUUAAAGUUGUGGUUUUCAUACAUAUGUAAAGUUAACACAUUUCAAUGUUUAGAAUAUUUUUCUUAUAUUUUUAUACUGUCACAAAAAAUGAAUCUCAAGGUGUUGCUUUUUUGUUGACAACGAAUUUUGCAAUUUGUCUUUGAAAGCAUUUUUGAGUUAAAGAUAAAAAUUCAUACAAAGUUGUAAAAUUAUCUUGGUUGUUCUUUUUGUUUUAUACCAGCACCAUGCAAAUGUAUGUGAUUUAGAGUAGAUUAAAAAAUUACAAUUAUUAGUUGUGCCAAAAUGAAGGAUAUGAAAGUCUACUGAGAACUACUUUAAGUACCUAAAAUCUGUUUUAUUUUUAGCUAUAUAUCUUUUCCUUAGUUAAUAUAGUACUUUGUAGGGAUUUUAUAUGCAGCCAUUUAAUUUUAGCAAAAAAAUUAUUUUCUGACUGUAGAAAUCUUUAGUAAGAGUCAAGAAGAUAAGUUUUGCUAUGAUAUUUAAACAAAAAUCAUGCUAUUCCAGUUAAUCUUAUAAUCAACAGUAAAUACCAUAGCAAUAUUUAACUUCUUGUGAUGCUUAUUUAUCUUGUGAUACUUAUUUAUUCAAAAAUAUUGAAUUCAAGUGGUUAAAAAAGAUUUGUGUGCUAAAGAAAACUAUAUCCAUUUAAAAAUUUGUUAAACCUUUGAUAAAAUCUUUUUAACAAACUUUUAGAAAUAUAAAUGUUGCUGAAAAACAAGUGGGUUGCAUUAUUACCUUAAUUUAUUAAAUUUUCAGUGAGUCACAUGCUGAAUACAUAUGCUCCCAAAAAUUACAAAAAUCAAUCUAUUACACAUGAUAUUGAUAUAGUAUGAAGUGGUAAGUUAGAAUCAAUUGGUUUUUUCUGUUAAGAAAGAAAAAACAUCAAGUGCUGUUUUAAGAUAAAAUAGAAUUGAGGAUUUUUUUUAUAUAGAAAUUCAAAUGUUGCUGAAAAAUAAGGUUACACAAACAUUUGAAUUUAUAUUCAUUUAUUAAAUUUUCAGUGAACCACAUGCUGAAUACAUAUGCUCCCAAAAAUCAAACUAUUACACAUAUUAGGUAUUGAUAUAGUAUGAAGUGGUAAGUUAGAAUCAAUUGGUUUUUUCUGUUAAGAAAGAAAAAACAUCAAGUGCUGUUUUAAGAUAAAAUAAAAUUGAGGAUUUUUUUUUUUAUAGAAAUUCAAAUGUUUUUGAAAAAUAAGGUUACACAAACAUUUGAAUUUAUGUUCAUUUAUUAAAUUUUCAAUGAAUAACAUACAGAAUAUAUAUGCUCUAAAAUAUUUGCAAAAAUUUAUACUAUAAUAUAUUAUUGAAAAAGUAUGAAGUGUUAAAAGUUAGAAUCAAUGAAUUUUUAGUGUUAAGAAAGAAAAAAAUAUGAACUGCUGUUUUAAGAAAUACAUUAUAAAAUAGAAUAGAGGAUUUUUUUUUAUCCAGCUGCAUAUCAUUUAUUUUUUAUUUUUAGUGUAAAAAAUUUUGCAGGCUGUCUUUCUCCUGCAAAUAAAAUUUUACACUUGUAUCCAAUGUUUUUGAAACAGCAUUCAAGUUUGCUUGUCUUAAUGGCUUCCACUGCAUAUUGUUUUUGCGAGUUGGAAAUAUGCUUUUCAUGAUUUUUUUUUUUUUUUAAUGAAAUUCAUAUCUAAACCUGCAUUUAUGUUUUUAGUUUUUGUUAAUGUGUAAUUUUUGCAAAAUGAAGAUCUGAAUAUUUUUGAA